AUCAUCCAAAUUAGAUAACACAAAUCCACAAAUGAGAACCCUCGACCACCAAAUAAUACCCCCGCCAAACUAAAUAUCUUAAAACAUAGUUGAGCCAAAAAAAAACGUAUGGCUCAAUAAUGCUAGCUACAACCGCAAGGCAAUACUAUGAGGGGCAGCAGCAGCCAGAAGCAGAGGCAAGCGAACCCGAAGCGACGACGCCAAGGGUGCUCCUCAUGUUGGCCGCAAUUCUAGAACGGCAAGUAGCUAGAAAUGAGCUAAUACUUGUAGAGCGCAGCACAAACAGCUUGAAUGAGGUGAUAAACUUGAAGGUGUUUAAUGGGGUGAGAGCACCAAAUAUAAGCAUAGCCAAGUACUUGGAUAGGCUAUACAAGUAUACAAAGUGUAGCCCAUCUUGUUUUGUGGUUGCUUAUGUGUACAUAGAUAGGUUGAUUCACAGGCAUCCUGAAUUGCUCCUAAUUUCCAUUAAUGUUCAUAGACUCGUCCUCACAAGUGUCAUGAUCGCCUGUAAGAUGCUUGAUGAUGUGCAAUACAACAAUGCCUUCUAUGCUAAAGUUGGAGGUAUAAGCAACACAGAACUAAACAGAUUGGAGCUGGAGUUACUUUUCUUAUUGGAUUUUGAAGUUGUGGUCAGUUCUCCGGUAUUUCAAAGCUAUUGUUGGUACCUUGAGAAGGAAGAUCGACGAAUAAACGCGACACUUAGAAUCGACCAGCCACUAGCAUUUGAUAUCAAAGAUGAUUUAAAUAGCAUUUGAUGAAAGGAAUCUACAUAUUUCUUCCUUUAAAUAGAUAAUUGAAGAAGGAACACAUUCUUUUAUACUUCUAUAUCAAAUUGGGUAUAAUCCUUAUGA